GCUGGCUGGUAACAGGAGAAAGCUGCCUCUCCCUCUAGCCAUCUAUCAGCUGCCUCUCUGUAGGCUAAAGCCAGGUAGGAGACUAGAAGGACAGGCUGGGUGUAUACUGCAACACAGUGGAGUACAGAGUUGCUACGUUUGAGAGUUGGUUUACAUAGUCAGUGCAAAUACCGUGUGGAGUAGAGAGGAGCUCAGUGGGAGUGGGAGAGACGCUUAACCACUCCAGACCAUGAACAUGGAGCAUCGGAGGUUCUCCCUCGACAGCUCAGUGUCCCUGAAGAAUGGUGGUGGAGGAGGUAGUCUGGGCCGUAGGAGAGGCAGCCGCAGUAAGAAGAGCAAAGAGAAGUGGAAGAGUCUAGAGGAGGCCCAGCUGGAGAUCCAGGAGCUGGGACACAGCCUGAACAGGAGCAACUCUCUCAGGUCAGAGACCAUAGAGGAGGAGAGCUUCCACCCGCCUGAUGGCGCCGUUGCCAAAAAUAGUUUUGUGAAAUACAACAAAACCUUCCACAAAUUCUUCCGAGACAUUCCUACAGAGGAGAAACUAACUCAUGUGUUCACCUGUGCCCUGCAGAAGGAGGUGUUGUAUCAUGGGAAGCUAUUUGUGUCUGUCAACUACGUAUGUUUUUACUCCUCCGUACUCCUCAAGGACACCAAGGUUGAGGUCCAUGUGUCCAGCGUAAAGGAAGUGAAGAAGCAGAACUCAGCCCUGUCUAUGCUCUCCAUCCGUACUACUGAUGGAAACAAGUAUUCGUUUGUGUCUUUGCGGAACCGGAGAGUGUGUUAUGAAAUCCUGCAGUCUGUGUGUUCACAAGCACAGCUGGGGGAGCAGGUGGAGAAUGGCAACAGCAGUCCCCACUUCUCAGGAGAGAACGGCGUUGAUGGCGUGGAUCGGGACACAAUCUCCAGCAAUUCCAGCCGGGAGGACAGUGUGGAGCGGAGCCUUCCUAUAGAGGCCGUCUACUCUGACCUGCCCAGCAGCGCUGACUCGUGGGUUUGGAUCGUCACUGAAAGGGUUAAAACCCUCCUACUUAUCAGAGAUAUGCGCAACCUCAAUGUCCUCCUAUCCAUCUGUCUGUUUCUGGCGGUGUUGCUAAUACUGUCAUCGGGGUACAUCGGUUUGCGGAUCGUAGCUCUGGAGGAGCAGCUGAGUUCUCUAGGAGCCCUGCCGGAGCUCUCCAUACACCUCAGAGAGGAACAGGAAACAGCCUGACGAGACCUACAGCCAGGGAGGAUUGGCCAUUUGGAUAUUCUGGCAAAUACCAGACGGGCUGGACCAUUUUUUUGUUGGGUGGGCUGGUUGAAAAUGGACACUUUUUAUUAUAUAUAUAUUUUUUAACGUUUGUUAAGAUAGAAAUUGUAAAAAAAAAUAACACUAAUAAUUCUGUUAUGCUAAUAUGCCCGGAGUAUACAAAACAUUAAGAUGGACCGGUCCGGUUUUCUGCUAGGCUGAGGUCACACAAACUCACAUUGAAAGUCAAACACAGCAUCAGCAAAGAUGACCUGCUUCAACUCUGUCAUCAGUUAGACAGCCAAGAUCAUGGAUCAUUAAAAAAAUGAAAAGGGUGCCUGUAAACGUAGAAAGAGCAUAUUCUACAUUGUCACUUCACUGAAAAACAUCUGAAUUUUGGGACAGCUAAAGAAAUGAUUUUGCCAAACAGUGAAGUGCAUUAUCCUCAUGAUUCCUGUAAUGAAAGUGUCUUCCCUAUGCCCUCGCUGGGGCCUACUGCUGUGGUGAGCGAGCCACUCUCCUCUCCUUCCACACACUCGAGAGAAACAUUUAUUCUGAUCAUAUAACAUUUCAAAAUGAAAUUGCGGGAAAAAAACACAGCUUUGGAAGCUUCAUCCAAUUGUCCCUGUCGAAGAGAGGAGGGUUUCAGCUUUCUGUCGGUAUAAUCUUUAUUUCUCAACUCUCAUUAGCAACUAUUUUACAAUCAAGACAUUUUAUAUGGCUUUGAGAUAUGGAGUGGAGUGUGCUCAAAACAUGCACCAGCAUAGGCCUCAUGGGUAGUAGCCUACAACUGGACGUUUUUUUAGGACAUUACAAUUACGGUUGGAUGAAUACAUGGCUACUAGCAGUGGGUAUCACAGGCGGCUGGGGGCACCUUAAUUGUGGAAGACGGCUCAUAGUAAUGGCUACAAUGGAGUUAAUGGAAUGGUAUCAAACAUAUCAAAAACAUUGUUGUUUCAAAGUGCUUGAUACCAUUCCAUUUACGGCAUUCCAGACAUCUUUAUGAGCCAUCCUCCCCUCACUAGCCUCCGGUGGUGGGUAAUAUAUUUAGAGUUUGAUCUAAUUAAUGCGUUUUGAGUUUCCACUUCCUCAGGUGUUGAACCACAAAUUAAUUAGCCUAUGAUUUUAGUUAGUGCACAUAAAACAUGUAAUUCAUCUCUGGAACAAACAAAAAAACGAAUAUGGAUAUUCUGGAAUCCUAUUUUGACAGUAAAAUAGCAACUAUAGUCUAAUUGUCAACCCAAAAUUCAUGACAAUCACUGGAUUUGCACAUCAAAAUAUCUUGAAUCAUGCUUAGACAUGUUUCUUGAGCUAGUGGCGUGCGCAGUGGUGGGCCAAUGUGAAUGAAAUAGCAGAGGAAAAUGAUUUUCCCAGUGCGGCCCUGCCUACAGUAGGAAGACUAAAUACCAAAGACACAGUACAACAAACUACAGUAUAUAAAGGGUCUCAAUUAAUAUGUAAUCUCAUGAGCUGGGCAAUUGUUAAUAUAUAUAUUUAUGUGGGUCCCCUGAUCAUUUGAGGAGACAGAUCACUUAAACCUCAAAUAUGGAAAACCUUGACUUCACACAAAGCAGCUUUUUGUUGUUGUUGCUAGCCUAUAUUUCAUAGGAUCUUUUUUUUUGUUGUUGCUAGCCUAUAUUUCAUAGGAUCUUUUUGUUGUUGUUGCUAGCCUAUA